AUGGGCCAAAAAACAUCUUCGCUGGCAUCCAAAGUGUCCAAAUCGGUAUCGUCUUUGUUCACUGGUGCUGUGGACGAUAGCCAGUCAUGCCAAAACAGAUCUGCAGUAACACCUUUCGUCUUUAAGCGUUCUGGGUCCAUGUACUUUGAUGAAGAUGGUGACCUGGCUCAUGAGUUUUAUGUUGAAAUAAUUGAAGGCCGUCAUCAUUAUAUGAAAAAGCAGUAUCGUAACCUUCGCCCUCAGGGUGAAGUUGACCUGCCUCAUCCCCGCCUCAACGUAGACUUUCCCAUUGUUAUAUGUGAAGCUCCACGGUGACACAGGACUGAAGGACACAAGUACUCAGUGUGUCCACACACGAAGAUCAAAGGAAAGAUGCAGCUGAAUUCUAGUCAAAUUGUCAAGCUUCUUGAACUUGCAUGUCCCAGGAUUCAGAUCUGGGGAGUCUAUAGCUUGUGAAUCUUUAGCAGACAGAGUUUGUUGUGAUGUGUAUGAAACCAUUCCUUGCUGUCAUUAAUUUGUUGAAAGAAAUUCUUGAUGUAGUUGUGAAAUUCCAAUUUAUAUAUAAGAGUACUGUUGGUAUGCACCAUGUAUCAUGUAUUUACCAAAAUAUUCAUCUGGGGCACUUGAUAUUUCUCCAGCAUUCCCUGAUACAACAAGCACAUACAUAUACUGAAAAGAGUAUUCUCUUUGGUGUUGAAAGCAGGCCUAUAAAAGAAAUCAACACAAUACAUUGCAAGAAAGACAAGACAGAUUUGUAAAAUGUUAAAUUGAUUAUAUAACUCGAUUACUAGCAAUGUCCAGACUUUUCUGUUUUGGAAAUACUUUUUAUGAUAAUUCUUUUCAAGCAGUAAGAUAGAUUGGUAUAACCUUCCUAAAUUUAUGAUUGAGAGAAAAUAAUGUUAUUGUAACAGAUCAAAAUACAUUGAAUUUCAGUUGAAAGUAAAACAUUUGACUAAAGUUUACAAGGGAAUUUUCUUUACACUAAAUUCAUGUAUCAUGGAUUUUUCUUAACCUCUAUAGUCAUUUGCAGAGAUAUCAAAAUAGAUGUUAGAUGAUGAUAGAUGAGGUCAUCUACCAAAGGAUUUGUAUAACCACCAGACAGAAUUCUUCACUUGUAGUUCUUGUUUUAUAAGAACCGAGAUUGAAUGGAUAUUGUCAUGGGUGUAUGCAUGCUGAAAAUAAAUCAAGGGGUUAUUUUGAAAUUUGAUUUGCUGCCAGUAUGUAUUAUGAUGUGAGGUUGUGUAUGUUUAUGUAUUUUCACCUGCUGUCAGUGAUUUUUGUGACUCCGAUAUACGAGUUGUGGACUCAUGAUUUUCAAAAUUUGAGAAACAACUAUAUCUCUUAGUAAUGGGACUCAUCAAAAUCUUGGAAAUCAUGCUCUGAACUUGCCUGAAAAAAUCUAUAAAAAGUACUGGCUGUGAUGUUUUCUUUAGGCUUACCAGGAUUUUAUUGAAGGUGAUAGAUAUGAAUUUUGAAAAAAUGUGACAACUUUCCAAAGGUUUUGUUUUUCUCCCUGUGUAUAUUUAUUUCGUAGAGUAGUUGCCUGGUGGUGUUUAAGGUUGACUGUCCUGUUCCGAACAAUAAUUUAUCCAGGGGUUUGGAGAUCACUUGGGAUGGAAGGGAUGGAUAAUAUAGAUGGUUCCUGUUAUAAACACUCUCUCCACCUUUAAUUUCACAGCCAAGAUAAGAUGGACACCAAGACUGGAAUUCGAGUAAGCCAGUACUCUGGGAUUCAGACACUGUAAAACUUAUUGGAAAUCAAGGAUUAUUUCAUACAUGAAUAUUCCUGUAAUCUGCCAUGUACGUGAUUCUGGUCAGUGGUCACAAAUUUGAGAUAAAAUUGUCUAAAAGAAUUGAUCGUGAAAAUAUGACCAGUGUUUAAUCUUGUUUUAGCCUAUACUUAUGCCUUGUAUAUUUCACAAGUCACAUGAUGAUCAGUCAUCCCCACAAAACCAUGUUGUCAAAUUGUUUUGUAUCGGGAUAUAAAUACUCUGAAGGAUAUUAACACAAUCUGUGGUUUACAUUUUACUAAAGCAUGUCUGUAAUAUGUCUGAAAGAUUCCUGUAGGUAACAGAGUUGGACAUGUUCCCUUAAUCAAAGUAGAUUUUUGAAACAAGUUAUGAAAAUCUUACCUUGGUUUGGAGACAUUCCAUUAUGAAAUGGAAACAAAGAAGUUUAUACAAGUAUAAGUAACAGGGAAAGGAUAAGUGUAUUUAGAUACCAUGUGAUACCAGUAUCCAUGUAUUGUCUGAAAUCAUGAUGUUUUGAGCGAUUUUCAUUCCUAAUAAAAGUUCUAUUUAUUGGAAUUCAGGAAAAUUAUUAUAUCAGUGUUGAAGUGUUGAAAAUGUGUAUACCUAAUAGAUGUCACAUGAUUUGUGUAACAAAUUUGUCAACAUCUCAUUUGUAAAUAUAUCAUCAUAUGGUCACAGUGUUGUACCUUUUUAUUUACAUUUGAAUUGUUUCCAGUUUGUACUUAAAUUUUUUUAAUGACCUGUAUGUAGAUCUGUGUCAUUCCUGGAGUUGCUUUUGUAAUGUUAACAGAUGUGAUAUACAUACCAGCACCUUAACGUCCUUUGGUCCAAACUACUGAUAGAAUAUGCCAAUUUUUUAUGGCAGUUAACACCUGUUUGUCUCAUUCGAUUAAAGAUAUGUCAUAAAUUCUCUUAAUAAAUUCAUUAUCCAGGUAUAGGAUAGUACAGCCUGUCACUCUUGGAUUGGAAUCAUUCAUUACACUAUUAAAUUGAUGACAAGAAGGAAUCAGUAGAUUUUUUUGCAUCUCAGCCUGAGGGGAAAGAUUUUUUGAGUUUCAAAACAGUCUUAUUCUUAACAAUUUUUCCCUGAGGGUUGAAAUCUUGCUUGCUAUCUCAUGUACACAAUGGCAUUAAUUUAUUGUUUUGCAUAAAUUUUUUUAUGUGAAGUAAAUUUUUGCUAAGACAUAAUUGAUCUGUUUGUUACAGUGAUGUCAUACAACCAUUGUAACACGGAAAACACCCCUCCUCCUCAAUCAGGGGGACUAGAUAAUCUCACAUUGGUAAAAGCAUGGUAACAAAUGUCCAGGGCAAGAGAAAUUAUUCUCUACUUUAUGAUAUUAUAAUUUUUAAAACAUGUGGCCAUCUAAAUUAUCCAAUAUUUUUACAGACUAGCCAUUAGAAUUGUAAUGACUGAUAACGUUAUUUUGUUAUGUGCAUGUUCAUCAAGUAGAUAGAAGAAAAGAUUGAUAUUCAUUUUCUCUUCGUUAAACGUGUAUAACCAAAGAUAACAAAAACCUGGAGAAUUAUUGCCAGAAUUUUAAUACGUAUGGGUUGGACAAAUCAUGAAGAACGAUAAUGUCACUUGGUGCAAAUAACCGACAAACAUAGUAACUUUUCUGUUUUUGUUUUCACAUUAGCAUUAAGUUCAUCUAACAAUUAUCAUACCUACUUGUACAAGUAAAAAUAAGUUUAAAAGCUAUUUCCUUGAUGUAUCUUUCAAGUACAAUUUCUGUCAAAUUCAAUGUAAGUUUGUUUUUGUCAAGUGAUUGCCAAAAGAUAACUAGGUACGUUUAUGAAUAAUUGCAAAAUUAAUGCCAUAACUAGGAGAAAAGAAGAAUGAAAGGCGACUUCAAAUUUCUUAUGUCAUCUGUGGCUUGUAUUCAGCAACACUUUAUAGGGAAAUCAUUAUAGAAUGAAGUGAUACAUAACACACCAAUUUUAUUAGUCAAGUUUUUCUCAUUAUUUCCAAAUGUUCUUUUUCUGCCUGUUAUUAAUUUUAAUUGUAUCCCUUAAUUCAUUUAACAAUUCCAAAACUAUUGAAAAAGUCUUUAUUGUUUAUAUAUCAAA